AUCUGAUAUAAAAAUGGAUGAAGUAUAGCAUAUUAAAAAAACAUAUGUUUUUGGUCAAAACAGAAUCAAUGCAUAGUUAGCUCACCGCUACAACAAUAACCAUAGGGACUACGUACCAUCCAUAACUACAUUUUCUUAAAUUGCAUCCUCUUUCUAAAAUUUUGCCUAUAAAUUCACAAUAACACUUCAACUUUUUAGGCCAUAAGUUAUCUCUUUCUCUACAAUAAGCAAUAAAUCUCACCUCCCUUUUUUUUUUUUUUGUCUCGCUACUUUUGAUUAUCAUUUAAAACCAAAAAACCUACCAUGAAUGAGAAUCACAUUCAAAGUGAUCACAUGAACAACACCAUUCAUGUAACAAACAAAAAACUCCCAAACUUCCUCUUAUCCGUACGUCUCAAAUAUGUUAAACUUGGUUACCAUUACCUAAUCUCGAAUGCCGUCUACAUUCUCAUACUCCCCGUCGGCCUCCUCGCCGCAACCUCCUCCUCCUUUAGUCUCACCGAUCUCACACUCUUAUACAACCACCUUCUCAAAUUCCACUUCCUCUCUUCCACUCUCUUCGCCGCUCUUCUUAUCUUUCUAACCACCCUCUACUUCACAACUCGUCCUCGCAGAAUCUUUCUCCUCGAUUUCGCUUGUUACAAACCCGACUCUUCUCUAAUAUGCACACGAGAAACGUUCAUGGACCGGUCUCAGCGUGUCGGUAUCUUCACAGAAGACAACCUCGCUUUCCAACAAAAGAUCCUCGAACGUUCCGGUCUUGGACAAAAGACUUACUUCCCGGAGGCUCUCUUACGUGUCCCGCCUAAUCCUUGUAUGUCUGAAGCAAGGAAAGAAGCCGAGACGGUUAUGUUUGGAGCUAUAGACGCAGUGCUUGAGAAAACCGGAGUGAAUCCUAAGGAUAUUGGGAUACUUGUCGUGAAUUGUAGCUUGUUUAAUCCGACGCCUUCGUUAUCGGCUAUGAUCGUGAAUAAAUAUAAGCUCAGAGGAAACGUUUUGAGCUAUAACCUUGGUGGAAUGGGUUGUAGUGCUGGUCUUAUCUCCAUUGAUCUCGCUAAACAGCUUCUUCAGGUUCAACCAAAUUCAUAUGCACUAGUAGUGAGCACAGAGAACAUAACCCUAAACUGGUAUUUAGGCAACGACCGAUCAAUGCUUCUCUCAAACUGCAUCUUCCGAAUGGGUGGCGCCGCCGUUCUCCUCUCUAACCGCUCCUCCGACCGCUGCCGCUCCAAAUACCAACUCAUCCACACCGUCCGUACACACAAAGGAUCUGACGACAACGCCUUUAACUGCGUUUACCAACGCGAAGACAACGACGACAACAAACAAAUCGGUGUCUCACUUUCCAAAAACCUAAUGGCUAUAGCUGGAGAAGCUCUCAAGACGAACAUAACCACUCUGGGACCGCUAGUUCUACCAAUGUCUGAACAACUUCUCUUUUUCGCAACACUAGUGGCGCGAAAAGUCUUUAAUGUGAAGAAAAUAAAACCUUAUAUUCCUGAUUUCAAGCUAGCUUUCGAGCACUUCUGCAUCCACGCGGGAGGCAGAGCAGUGCUCGAUGAGAUUGAGAAGAAUUUGGAUUUAUCUGAGUGGCAUAUGGAACCUUCGAGGAUGACUUUGAACCGGUUUGGAAAUACUUCGAGUAGCUCGCUUUGGUAUGAGCUUGCGUAUAGUGAGGCUAAAGGAAGGAUUAAGAGAGGAGAUAGGACUUGGCAGAUUGCUUUUGGAUCCGGUUUUAAGUGUAAUAGUGCGGUUUGGAGAGCUUUGAGAACUAUCGAUCCGUCCAAGGAGAAGAAGAAGAAGACUAAUCCUUGGAUUGAUGAGAUUCAUGAGUUUCCCGUGCCGGUUCCAAGGACAUCUCCGGUGACAUCUUCCUCGGAAUCUCGAUAGUUAACUUUUUUAAAUUUUCUUUCAUGUAUAAUACUAUGGUUCACAUCACAUCUAUCUCAAAAUCUUCAAUCCAUAUAUUUUUGCACGCUAAAAAAAAUAUUGUACAAAAGAUAACGGAAUCUCGAAGGGGUUUAAAGAAAAGUUGUCCAUCAAA